GAAUCUUUCAUAUUACAGUGGCGAGCUACAUUGAUCUAUAUCCCAAACCUGCAAAAAGAGAUCGAAUAGUGUGCGUCGUCACUGACUCACCGAAUUGCAUUUGGGUGACUCAUGGAACCAGCUUCUGCUGAUUCUUCAUCUCAACCUCAACUUACUCCUCCUCCAGUUUCUAAUACUGAAGAGAAUCAAUCAACCAAAGUGUCUGGACAAAUUGGCGAUGCACAAACUGAAGAUAACUCAACCAAAGUGUCUGGACAAAUUGGCAAUGCACAAAGUGAAGAAAAUAACUCAACCAAUGUGUCUGGACAAAUUGGCAAUGCACAAACUGAAGAACAUAACUCAACCAAUGUGUCUGGACAAAUUGGCAAUGCACAAACUGAAGAACAUCACUCAACCAAUGUGUCUGGACAAAUUGGCAAUGCAAAUGAUUCCCCAUCUUCAUUACCUGCUUCUGGCAUAUCAUCCUGGGCAAGACAUCUGAAACUCCCACAGGCCCUUAGAGCGGCACAACAGAAUUCACAAACUGAAAACACUGGCAUAUCAGCUUUUGCCCGCCUGACUAGUGGGCUUGGAUUGCGAAUGCCAUCAAAUGAAGCUGUUGCUGCUGCUGCUCCAGUCAAUUCAGGUGCUGAACAGCCUAAUUUGAUUGAAUCCUUCACCAAAGGUUUGGUGGACUCUUCCAAAAGUGCAGUAAAGGCAGUGCAGGUCAAAGCACGCCAUAUAGUCUCUCAAAAUAAACGUAGAUACCAGGAAGAUGGAUUUGAUUUGGAUAUGACAUACAUCACUGAAAAUGUAAUUGCUAUGGGAUUUCCGGGUGGUGAUUUUAGCUCUGGAAUUUUUGGAUACAUUGAGGGGUUCUAUCGCAAUCACAUGGAAGAGGUGAUCAAGUUUUUUGAAACACAUCACAAGGGAAAGUACAAAGUAUACAAUCUUUGUUCAGAAAGGCUAUAUGAUGGAUCAUUAUUCCAGGGGAAGGUUGCAUCUUUCCCAUUUAGUGAUCAUAAUUGCCCUCCUAUUGAACUUAUAGCAUCAUUUUGUCUAAGUGCAUAUUCAUGGUUGAAAGAGGAUAUUCAAAAUGUGGUGGUGGUUCAUUGUAAAGCUGGUAUGGGAAGGACCGGACUUAUGAUAUGUAGUCUUCUUUUGUUUCUUAAGUUCUUCCCAACUGCAGAGGAAGCCAUUGAUUACUUUAACCACAAAAGAUGUGUAGAUGGAAAGGCUCUAGUUCUGCCUAGUCAGAUCAGAUAUGUAAAAUACUUUAAACGGACUUUAACACGCUUCAAUGGAGAAGUCCAGCCUGGACGAAGGUGCAUGCUAAGAGGGUUUCGGCUUCACAAAUGCCCAUAUUGGGUUAGACCAUCUAUUACAGUUUCUGAUCAUAAUAAUGAAAUUCUUUUUACCACAAGAAAGCAUCCCAAAACAAAGGAUCUAAUGCCAGAAGAUUUCUGGAUCAGUGCACCAAAGAAAGGAAUUGUGGUUUUUGCACUACCAGGAGAGCCUGGUCUAGCUGAGUUGGUUGGAGACUUCAAAAUUCAUUUUCAUGAUCGACAGGGAGAUUUCUACUGUUGGAUGAAUACAACAAUGACAGAAAACCGAACAAUUUUGGAUGGUUCAGAUUUAGAUGGUUUCGACAAGAGAAAGAUCCCCUCUCCAGGAUUCAAGGUGGAAGUUGUGAUGAUAGACUAUAAUGACACCCUACCUGCAACGACAAAAGCCAAUCCUGCCAGCAAAGGAUCUGAUGGAAACACGAGCAAUUCCUUACCUGGUCCAAAGCCUACUACAUCUAAUUCAAGUGAGAGUAAAGUUCCUAAAAAUGACGAUGAUGUAUUCUCAGACAGUGACGAAGAGGAGACCCGGGUUACACAAAGCAAGAAAGCUGCAACCGAGUACAAAUUUAUGGCACCUCAUCAAGUAUCUGAGGCAACAACAGACCAUGAAGGGAUGUUGGCACAUAAAACGAAUCAGUUGUCACUACAGCAUCAGGAAAGCAUGAAAAAACAUGCUUCUGAAGAAUCAACUACAGAUAAACUUCAUAAUGUUCAUGCAGGCAAUAUCAGCACAAACAUGGGAUCUGUAGGGGCAAGUGAUAUCAAGGCAAUCGCAGCAGAUGCUUCAGUUUUUUCGUUUGGAGAUGAAGAUUUUGAAAGUGAUUGAAAACUGUUGAUCGAUUUCAACGCUGUUAAGGAAAGGCAUUAAGCAUUAUGGAAUUCAUUGGUUUCCCCCAAUUUGUUGUCGAAUGAAAUUUCCUGUAUUUUAUUAUCUAAAUUUUGUAUAUUUUUAAGGUCACAUGUUUACAUGAUUCUUUCAAGUUUUCAUUAGGCAUUCAGUGAUUUGCCGUCCUCAAGGGCCUAGCUUUUCUUUCCAAAAUGACAAUGCUGGGGAACAAAUUCAACGCCUGUAUGAGUUUGAUUUUA